ACACGUCGACUACAAAGGUUCUUUGCGUCUUCUUGUCUAGCUGUAAACUUUCUAGCUACUACGAAGGCAACAUGGCUCAAACACCCCAGUUCACCAGCUACGAGCAUGAAGAUGCCUGGGACGUGAAUUGGCUGCGCGUGGACGAUACCCAUGAACUUUACUAUCAACAGUUCGGCAAGAAGGAUGGAAAGCCUGUCAUCUACCUCCAUGGCGGGCCUGGUGGAAACUGCUCCAAAGCCAACACCGUCUUCUUCAACCCUUCUGAAUACCGAGUAAUUCUGCUCGACCAGCGAGGCUGUGGUCAAUCGCGCCCUAAUGCCAACACCACAGACAACACUACCUGGCAUCUCGUCGACGAUAUUGAAAAGCUGCGCAAGCAUCUGAAAAUUUCCAAAUGGCACAUGGUCUUCGGCGGCUCCUGGGGGUCCACACUCGCUCUCGCAUAUGCGCAAACACAUCCCGAUAGUGUAGGUAGUCUGGUCCUGCGCGGCAUCUUCACAGUGCGAGACGUCGAACUCAAGUGGACCAACCAUGCAGGCGGCGUGCAGAUGCUGUUCCCCGACCGCUGGGAGGACUUUAUCAACUUUUUACCAGAGGAAGAACGUUCUGAUCAUAUCGGCAACUACCACAAACGCCUCAUGUCUCCGGACUCGGCUAUCAGUCAUCCCGCGGCUGCGGCGUGGAACACGUGGGAGCUAUCAAUCAGCACCCUGUACCCUGACCCACACGCGUACAAGAAACUGAAAGAACCAGCCUACUUACUCGCACAUGCGAGGAUGGAGAUCCACUACUUCAUCAACAAAGCAUGGAUGGAAGACGGGCAGUUGUUGAGGAAGGAGAACGUGGAUCGGAUCCGGAACAUUCCGACGACCAUCGUGCAGGGCAGGUACGAUGUUGUCUGCCCGCCGAUUACAGCAUGGGAGUUGCACAAGCAGUGGCCGGAGAGCAGAUUGCAUUUCAUAGACGAUGCUGGGCACAGUGUUAUGGAGCCCGGGACGAGGAAGAAGUUGACUGAGGUGUGCGACGAAUACGCGAAUCUCAGCGUCUAGCCAUGUGCAGCUGCGGCAUUCGUGUUAGGCUAGCGUUACUCUGAGACAUCACGAUCGGAUGAAUUUGACGAGAAAUUAAGCCGUACUUGCCUCCCCCAGCUUUGGCUAUACGGGCCGUUUGUGUGUUGGCUGACUAACGCCAAGACGACGCGCCAAAGUCCAGAAGACGGGCUGGGGCCAGCGC